AUGGAUGUUAAUACAACAAAGCCUCCGAAAGACUCCUAUUUUUCUGGUAAUGCUGAAUGGGAAUUAUUAAAUGUUACUGUGAGAGCAACAAAAUUUAUGGAGGAUGGAGAGGAGCGUGUUGAAGUCCAUUACAUCAUUCAUUUACGCCGUAGACCUGUUUAUUACAUUACCGUGAUAGUUGCACCAACCUUCCUCAUUUCUGCAUUGAGCAUUUUGGGGAUAUUCACGCCUGGUACGAAUGAUGGACCUCGUGGAGAAAAGGUGUCCCUCGGACUUGGCUCACUCCUAGCAAUGUCUGUACUUUUGGACAUAGUUUCGGCAGCCAUGCCUAGAUCAAACUCGAUACCUCUACUUGGCCAUUAUAUUAUUUUUACGAUUGUUUUGUGCGCGGUAGGUGUUGGAGUUAGCAUGUUACUGUUGGCUAUGUCGAGGCAUUUUAUUCAAAGUGGGGAAUUGCCGUCAGAAAAGCUUUAUAGGUGA